AUGAAAGGCGCACUUCGACUCGCGAAAAAGGGCCUGCGCAAAUGUCUGAAGCUACGAGCGCGGUUUUGCGAGGACCGACGUAGGGAUGGCGAUCAUACUCGGAAAGGUAGUGCGAUCGAGCCGACAGAUCCCCCGUUGUCCGCUAGGAAUGAAGGCUCCUAUGCAGCGGAGCCAUCCAAGAUAAUUCGUCUUCAAAGUGACUCGAGGGAAUACAUGGCUAUAGUGCCCAAUGCCGAGUUUCUUGCCGAGAUGAGGACCGCGGUGCUGGAGCACAGGAAGAUGACAAGUGUCGAGGAAGAUUUCAACGAAGAAUUAGAGGGCUGGAAGGCAGGAUACGAUCAGCUCGAGCUACAGAUAGCGGAAGUCGCGUGGCAGAUUGCAGAGGCUGAAGCUAAGACCCAGCAGGAGUCCCAGGAAGAGAAGUUUGGCGGAGAAGCAAUCGACUUGAUGCGCGAAGAGAUGCAAAAGCUGCAUCGCGAACGGCAGGCUGUCCUGGAUCGUCGAGACGCGUCUCGAACAAAGAUGCAUGCUCAGUAUGAAGACCUGCGACGCAAACAGUUCCUCUUCUUCCAUCUGCUCGAAGAGCUUCUUGUAGAGGACCCGAAUGAAGCAGCACGACAAUCCGAUCCAUCGAAUUCCAAGCUUGCGCCUGCAACUCCGCAUGCUCUCCAUGGACCGGAAGGGGAAGCUCAGCAAUUUGAGGAUAUCGGCCCAACAGAACAACUCCAUCAAUCCGAAGACAAGAAAGUUAAAGAACUGUUCCAUCUUAUUAACGGGCUCGCGAGAUGCGUUGAACAAGCCGAGUACGACCUGGACCAUCGACACGAGACGUUCGCACGCCUGCAAGAAGAGCGAAAGCGAAAAGCCGAAUUCGGUGACCCAGUCCAGAGUCUUCCAGAAUUUGAACUCUUCCAAGUCACCGAGACGCAGAGGCUCACUCGGGCGCUCAUCGAUGCAGAAGCACAAUAUCAAGACGCCAAGCAAGCCGCGAUAGAUGCGGGUAUCCAACCCCCAGGUUCCGAAAUCGAGUCUGGAUUCGUCAGCGACAUCGAUGAUGGGUAUAGAGAAAGCGAAGAACGGGAAAUCAGCGAGACAGUCGACAAGGCUCGUGUAUAUCGCUGGCGGGUUGAUACUAAUGCUUCCGUGGACCAUCGGCCCCGCGAGCAUCCCUAUGACCUUGCGUCAACAGAGCUCGAAUUCCGGGCGGCGAAUAUCUCCUUCCAUCCGCGCGACUGGAGGCCAAGAGAGGUGGAAAUGUGGGAGAGUGCCUCCAUGCUCGCGCAGGGUCCGGCUAGGAGAAGAAUCGACAAGUGGAGGGAUGUUGUACGCUCAUCAUCAGGUUUGUCCAGAUUGAGGAGUAUAGUUGCAUCUCAAGAGUAG